AUGGGACGCGGAGGAUCUUCAUCGCGCGGAAGGGGAAAGUUCAAGGUCGCCCGUGGAGGUGGUCGUCACUUCUCACGUGACCUCGACCCCCGCUUCCAGCAGCCCGUCGAGUCGUCGUCUGAGGAGGAGUCUUCCGAGGAAGAGUCGUCCGAGGAGGACGAGGUCGACGCCAAGCUCGCGCCGUCGAUGGCGGCCGUCAACCUGAAGCUCGGCAACACGGUCGCCGCCGACGAGCCGGACGAGGAGAACAUGACUCGCGCUGAGCGCAAGGCGCUCAAGAAGAAGCAGGCCGAGGAGGCCGCGCAGAAGAAGGCCCAGAAGCUUGCUGCCGGCGAGGACGACUCGGAGGAGGACGACAGCGACGACGAGCUCCUCAACCCUUGGAAGAACCGCGGCCCGAGCCGACGAGAGCGGUGGAAGGCCGCUCAGGAGCGCGCCGCCAAGGCUGCCGCCGCUGGCAAGACGGAGCAGGCCAAGUCGGACCUGGCCCGUCUCCAGGAGAUUCGCAGGAAGCGUGAGGCCGCCGCCGCCCAGCGCCAGGCCGAACAGGAGGGUGAGUGUAAUGUUGUUGGUAAUGCUGACAGGACAGAGGCCGCCCGUGAGGCUGCCGCCAAGAAGGAGAAGCAGACCGCGAAGAAGUAG